AUGCCUACAGACACCUCAGCGCUCCUGACUCACGGGACCAAUGCAGCUGCAUCUCCUAAGAAUACAGCAACCUCUGUUCUCGACCCCUCUAACUUUCCUCAGACCCUGUCCUCCGAAACCAUCUACAUCUCUCUUGUGUAUGACCCUCUCGAUAUUCCAGCGUACUUGCGAUUCACCCGCUCCCCAACGGCGGGCGCCAACGUUCUGUUUCUGGGCACCACCCGCAACAACUUCGACCAUCGCCCGGUUUCCCGGCUCUCAUAUUCUGCCUACCCUUCCCUCGCUCUCAAGUCUCUCCGUGGCAUUGCCGAGGACGUGCAGAAGAAGCAUGGGCUUGAGAAGGUGGUCAUAGUUCACCGACUAGGCGAAGUCAAAGUCGAAGAAGAGAGCAUUGCCGUUAGCGUCAGCAGCGGGCACCGUGCAAGUGGCUGGAAAGGCGCCGAAGAGAUCCUGGAGAGAGUCAAGGCUCGAGCAGAGAUCUGGAAGAGAGAGUGGUUCGCGGACACUGGGGAAGUCGAAGAGGGCGUCUGGAGAGCAAACAGGGAUACGGAUGGACACGGAAAUAUUCUAAAGCCACAAUAA